CUAACUGAAGCGAAAGCGUUUGCCGAGGAUAUUUUCAUUAAUCAAGAACGAAAGUUAGAGGUUCGAAGGCGAUCAGAUACCGCCCUAGUUCUAACCAUAAACGUUGCCAACUAGCAAUUGGGUUGCGAUUCCUUUAAUCGAAGCGUAAAAAACUUCGAUCAUUAUGAUCCACCCAGCGGCUCUCGUAGGGAAACCAAAGUGUUUGGGUUCCGGGGGAAGUAUGAUUGCAAAGUUGAAACUUAAAGGAAUUGACGGAAGGGCACCACCAGGAGUGGAGCCUGCGGCUUAAUUUGACUCAACACGGGGAAACUUACUAGAUUAGAACUCUGGAAUGAUUGACAGAUUGAUAGCUCUUUCUUGAUUCAGAGGAUGGUGGUGCAUGGCCGUUCUUGAUUCGUAUUCCGAAACGUCUGCUUAAUUGCGAUAACGAGUGAGACCUCACCCAACUAACUAGUCGUUUGGUGCGCUGUGGGACGCUAAAAUCUCAUGUAGGCUCUCGUUUAGUUAGUGCGGGCAACCGUGCUGCUAGGCUUCCUAUGUGAGAUGUCCUCUGUUUGCCAGCGGACUUCUUAGAGGGAUAAACGGUGUUUUAGCCGUAAGAAACGAGGCAAUAACAGGUCUGUGAUGCCCUUAGAUAUUCUAGGCCGCACGCGUGCUACAAUGGCGUGUGCAGAAAGCUUGUUCGAGGUUUGUCUAGAGAGAACUGGCUGUUUGGCGAGCAAGGGGCAGCAAUGUCUCGUGUUUGUCGGCGGAAAAGUGACUUUAGUUAGCAGGCCGAGAGAAACCGUAGUCGAAAGAUUACGGCAAUCAUAAAUACACGCCGUGAUUUGGGAUUGGGGAUUGCAAUUGUUGCCCAUGAACGAGGAAUUCCCAGUAAGCGCAAUUCAUCAUAUUGCGUUGAUUACGUCCCUGCCCUUUGUACACACCGCCCGUCGCUACUACCGAUUGGAAGUUUUAGUGAGGCAUUUGGACCUGCCGGGCAUCUAGAGGGGCAACUCUCUUGGCUUAGCGGGGAAGUCUGUCGAACUCAAAUUUCUAGAGGAAGUAAAAGUCGUAACAAGGU